UCAGAUAAGGUGUAUUCGUUCGUGGCCAUCCCGGGCAAUAACCAGAAAAAACGACCCAGAAGACGCUUCGAUGAAAUUGAACGCUUGUAUCAUUGCAACUGGCCCAACUGUACCAAGGCGUAUGGAACGUUGAACCACUUGAAUGCACAUGUGAGCAUGCAGAAACAUGGUCCCAAACGCCAUCCCGCCGAAUUUAAGGAAAUGCGCAAAGAGUGGCGUCGUCAGAAAAAGGAA